CACAACGAAAAGGACCUCUCACCGGUUUGAGCCUUCGCAUUAAAACCCCGACUUUUCACCUCCGCAGCCGCYCUGCCAGACACUAAAGCUUUUAUUUUAAGCAAAGCAGCUUUUAUUUCCAYGAGAUAUUUUGUGGACUUGACUUGCCUUAUUAUUUUUUUUAAACUCAGCGACACACCGAGGCUGGACGCAACAACUUCCCCAGACUGACACAGAAUGGAGAGAAGCUGACGCACGUUUAUUUACUGGACCGUUACUUUCUCGCUUCUUCUCAGACUAAAUGGAGAGCUGAACGAGGAAGAAGCARCUAAGAGACAGUUGGUAAAAGUUUGACCCCUCGGGAGCUGACAAAUCCCACUUCUUGUGUUUUUUUUUUAACUACUUUUGGACACUUCGGGCGCGUUAUUACGCACGAUGCGCAAAGGGAUGGCUCCGCUGCUCAGACGCAAAACAGGAAUACAGCAAGUUUUUUACAUCUAUCUCUCCUUUUCACUGGCUUACUCUUACAAUAUAGACUUGGAACACCCUUUGGUGUUCCGCGGACCUAAUUCCAGUUUUUUUGGCUACUCUGUUUUGGAGCAUUUUCAUGACAACACGCGCUGGAUCAUAGUGGGAGCACCCAAGGCAAACUCUUCCUACAGCAGCUCGGUGCGCUCCCCCGGAGCCGUGUUCAAGUGUCGGGUUCACAGCAACCCGGAGCGGCGCUGCACAGAGAUGGAUCUGGGCAGAGGAAACGGGACGAGGGCGUCUUGUGGGAAGACGUGUCAAGGAGACAGGGACGAUGAGUGGAUGGGGGUCAGCCUGGCCCGCCAGGACCGAGCUAAUGGGCAAAUCCUGGCUUGUGCUCACCGCUGGAAAAAUGUCUUCUACGACUUUGAACACAUCCUUCCUCACGGAUACUGCUCCAUCAUCCCCGCAACGCUUCAGGGCAGAUCAAAACCUCUCAUACCUUGUUAUGAAGACCAUAAGCAGAAGUACGGGGAAGAGCACGGCUCAUGCCAAGCCGGGAUAGCGGGAGUUUUCACGGAGGAACUGGUGGUGACGGGGGCCCCAGGCUCAUACUACUGGACCGGGACAGUCAAGGUGUACAAUCUGACGUCUGACACCUUCUACAGCCCAAACAAAAACGAUCUCGACACCCACAGAUACAGCUACCUUGGCUACGCCGUGACUGCAGGACACUUCUCCUCUCCUAAUGUAAUCGACAUAGCUGCGGGGGCACCGCAGCACAACGGCGUUGGAAGCGUUUACGUUUUCAAAAUUGAUGGCGGGUCUUUGGUGAAGACAUUUCAAGCCUCGGGGAAAAUGAUGGGCUCUUACUUUGGCUCCUCAUUGUGUGCAGUUGAUCUGAACCAGGACGGCUUGUCGGACCUGCUGGUGGGGGCACCCAUGCACAGCCAGCUCCGGGACGAGGGCCAAGUGUCUGUGUACAUCAGCAAGGGCAACGGGGUGAUGGAGGAGGGUGCAGUUCUGACUGGUGACGAUGCUUUUAAUGCUCACUUCGGAGAGUGCAUUGCAGCAAUUGGAGACAUAGAUGACGAUGGUUAUCAAGAUGUAGCCAUAGGAGCUCCUAAAGAGGAUGACUAUGGAGGAGCUGUGUAUAUCUAUCAUGGGGGUGAAGCAGGAAUUAUUACAAAAUACUCCAUGAAACUGUCUGGGCGCAGCCUGAACCCUGGUCUGCAGAUGUUUGGCCAYUCCAUCUCUGGGAAUGUGGACAUGGAUGGCAACGGAUACGCAGAUGUAACUAUUGGAGCUUUCAUGUCAGACAGCGUGGUGCUGCUGAGGUCCCGGCCUGUCAUUACGGUGGAUGUCUCCAUCUUCCUGCCUGUCUCCAUCAACAUCUCUACGCCGCAGUGCCAUGAGGGCCACCAGAACCACCAAAACCUCAACUGCUUCAACGUCACCGUCUGCAUGCGCUUUCGGGGCAGACAGCUGCCCGGACAAAUAGAGCUGCUGUACAACUUGACUGCCGAUGUGGAUAAGCGACAGAAYAACCAGCCCUCUAGGAUUUAUUUCACGCAGGCUGGAUCUCAGGUGACCCAGCUGAGCCAGCAGCUGAGCCUGGACAUCAACAGGGCGAAGUGUCAGCGGUACACGGCCUACGUUAAGAAAGACGUGAAGGACGUAUUCACGGCUAUCGCCUUCGAGGCGGCGUACAGCCUGGGGAAGCACGUGGUCAGRGGACACCAGGAGCGAGACCUGCCUGCUCUCACGCCGGUGCUGAGAUGGAGGCACGGAAACAAGAUUGCAGUGAGAAACGAGACCUGGUUUGAGAAGAACUGUCUGUCAGACGACUGRGCUGCAGACCUGAGGCUUCACGGGAAACUGCUGCUUUCUGGGCGAUAUAUCCGACCCCAUUUGGCUCUCGGAGGAGUGAGGAACGUCUCCUUAAACGUGACCAUCUCCAAUGCUGGAGACGACGCCUACGACACCAACAUCUACUUCAACUUCUCCAGCGAAAUUUUCUACAUCAACUUCUGGCAGAAGGAAGAAAAGGGCAUUUCCUGUGAGCUUGUCGAUUUGGAUUUCCUCAAGUGCGCCGUGGGAUUUCCCUUCAUGAGAGCGCAAACGAAGUACCAUUUCGCUGUGAUUUUUGACACYACGCGGCUCUCUGGGGAGAACGAUACGUUGCAGUUUUUAGUUCAGGCUAAAAGCGCCAACCCAGAGCAUAAUCUUGCUGAUAACAGUUUAGAUCUGUCCAUCCCACUGAUCCAUGAGACAGACACCACCAUUACAGGUGUGGUAACGCCGAACUCCUUUAUGUAUGGAAACUCCAUCGAUGCGUCUCGUUUCGUUCAGUUGGAAGACAUGGAAUGCAACUUUCAGCCUCUCAAUCUGACUUUCCAGGCCAUAAACAAGGGGCCCAGCAGGCUGCCUGGCUCCACGGUGGACAUCAGGAUUCCCAACCGGCUGGCUGGAAACGGAGCCGACAUGUUCCACGUCAUUGAGACUCAGGUGGCAGACAGUCGAGGGAACUGCACCUCUCACAGGAAUCCAACUCCAUGCACCGUCCCACAGGAGAAAGAGAGCAUCUUCCACUCCAUAUUUGCCUUUUUUACCAAAUCAGGGCGCAGAGUCUUGGACUGUGACCGGCCUGGAAGAGCGUGUAUGACCAUCUCCUGCAGUCUGGGUCCACAGCUGAAAGAAGAAGCUUUGAGCAUAGAAAUCAAACUCCUACUGAACACUGAAAUUUUGAAAAUAGAUAGUUCCUCGCUGAUCCAGUUUGUCACGAGAGGCAGUGUGGAGGUGAACCACAGGACGGUGGAGGUACCGAACGGCCUGCCAGAAGAAAUUUCUCUGGUGUURGAGGCUCUCCACAGUCAGGAGCCGCGGGGUUACGUCGUUGGCUGGAUCAUUGCCAUCAGUCUCCUGGUGGGAAUCCUCAUCUUCUUGCUGUUAGCUGUGCUGCUCUGGAAGAUGGGAUUUUUCCGUCGGCGCUACAGAGAGAUCAUCGAGGCUGAAAAGAACAGGAAAGACAGCGAUGAAAGCUGGGACUGGAUGGACAAGGACCACUGAGACGUUGAAGCUGUGUCGGGGGGAGGGAGCGGGUCCCAGAAGAGCCAGUGAGAUUAGUGAUUGGGUCGAGACGGAUCCUAUAGCACAGGGGGUGUCGCAGCCCGGCCGCCCCAGUGGCACCAGAUCCUUCAUGUCUUUCAUAUGUGGAAGAGAAGUUUAUCCUCCAUAUUUUUUGGAGACUCUGUAUUUUCGUGCAGGUGGUGGAGAAUAAGGGGGCGGGGUUUCUGCUCAGUGUGGCUGCUCUGUGAUGGCAAGGAGCCACAUCUGCAUGGAGAGGGCUGCGGAGACGUACUGAUGGACAACAAAACCCUCAGGGCUGUUAUAUAGUAAAUUUAUUUUUAUACACACACUUUAAGCCAUAUUCUAAAACCGAGCUUCGGGGUUUUGGCUGCCAUUAUAAACAUACUGUGUCUGUGGUAUGUUUUCUUAAAGCACUGAUGUUUGAUAAGAAUAAAUGCCUAAGCUUUGUGCCAAAGAUCUGGUGUACAGAACACGAUUGGAUUUGUUUUGUAUUUUCAGCUCAUCCCAUCGCUGGGAGCAGAAGAUUGAAUCUUUUCUGUACCGUUUUCCUGCUUUUUAUUUCACACYUGUAAAUAUCAGAAAUAAUCAGAGAUGAGUCUGUCCAUUAGAUAAUUAUGUAAAAGAAAAAGGUUUAUCUAGGAUGAGUAGAAAGUUUUCUAUCAUGUGUCAAUUAACUGUACUGUAGAGCUCUCUGGUGGUAUUUUAUUUGUGAUUUUUCCUUUUAUGUGCAAAUGAAAAUAUGACCAUCAAAAAUACAAGUUUUAAGCUUUUUAGUUUGUCUGAUUUGAUUCGUUAGUUUUAAUUAUGAAUAAUAAUUUACAAUAGAGGACUAGUUUCAGUCAGUUAUAACAGUAUUUGUUUUAAAUAGCCUUUAUAUACAGCGUACAAAACCUCCUGGAAUUCUUUUAUUAUUUUUGGUUUUGGUGUUCCACCCCAACAUCAACAGUGGCCCCAAUCUGACCACCUCUUAUUAAAACUUUCUGGAGUCGCCCCUGCUUUCAAAUCAGAUUAAACGUGCAGUAGGACCAAAGUAUUUGAAGCUACUCAGUUCAUUUUUUUUCACCUAAACCCCACAAAUCUUCCGCUCUGCUGUUUUAACUCCGAAACCUUUCCCGACCUCACCCCAAGCAGACUCCAUUUUACAUUUACACGUGUAUUAUUAGGCAACGGGUGAAAUAUGGGAUCUCCACGGACAGAUGAAAGUCAGCAUCAGGAAUUUAUCUUUCUUUGCAGAAGCUUCUGGCCUGAAUAACGCUCGAAAACUAUGUGGAAACUUUUCUGCACUCAGUCACACAGGAACAAGCUGUUUGAAAGGUGGACAGAUGUCUGCGUCCAGAAAAUGAUUCACUGCUGACGUCCUCGUGUUGCUAAACGCUGAAGCUAAUUAUGAGAGCUUUGAAUCUUAGGUUUCAUUGUGAAAAUUUGUUUUUAAUUAAAAGUUUCCAGCAAAAUGAGGACAUAUUUUACAUUUCUGAUGAGCCUACUAGAAUACUAAAACAUAAGAGAAAAAAAUCAUUUAUACAUGUUAAAACUGAGAAAAGCCCAUCAGGUGAAUAACACGGCCCAGUCAGAAAAAAAACCUGCUUAGUUCUGACUUUCUYUAGCGAUCACUAUCGUUUCACGCUCGUGUUAAAUCUUGGCAUUAUUAAAUUCCACUGGCAUAACAUUAUAUACUGUACACUUUUACACCUUCCCUUUGCACCAAUUUUAAGGAUGUUAUACUAAAUGUAUGCAAUAAACCAACACUUGACUUUUAUUGUUUCUGUAAAAUUAUAACUGUGAUGUUUGUUUCCACCUUUGAUCACGUCGUUAUUUGUACUUGUGUUCUGAGUAAACUACUGUCAGUAUCAUUUCUGUUAUAGUGUGCUGUACAUGUUUGAUGUUUAAAGUCAUGUUGGAGCUGUGUAUUUAUCUGCUGAUAAAUUUCAGAGUGGAAUAUCCCAA